GUCUCUUGCUCUGCUCCAUCAUGGUUUUGUGAAUGCAUGAAUGCAUAGUUGUUAUCCGCUGGCCUCUAUCCUCAACGGCAAGCCAGCUGAGAUCCCCAUUCCCAUACAUCCCCCCACUUCACUCCUGGGUCGGGGCCAUACACCUUGCGCGCAACGGUUGAUCCAUAACCUCACCAGAUCUUCGCGCGAGAGACCCCGCCCACAGCUCGUUCUCGUCGCUCCGAACGUCCGUCCCUCUAAGGUGUGGGCGGCGAUGCAUCUCAUUCUAUGAGGCUCAAAGAGACCAUCUCUGUCGCGUGAGAUUGCGUUUGUCGCCACGGAACAACGCUCGCCUACCCCGCGAUGCCGCCCACCUCGUCCCGUACUCUUCGACACGUGUCAGACCGCCCGACCAUCUGCGCGUGUGUCCUUUGAAAACGAGUUACGCGUGAUGUGUCGACGCGUGGACUUCUGCGGUUCCCGGGGAGAGUGGGGCCGUCUGCGAGCUGCUGGUCCGCGUACUUGAGCGCUGAGGUUUGAGGACAUGCCCUGCAGGCUAUGAACCUUGCGGCCUCACCGUAGGACUGCAGUCUUCUCGCUGCAAAGCACUCACUGGGUGCCAUCCGUUGGCUUCCGGACGGACGUCAUGGGCCCGACACACGACUGCCCUAUGAGGAUUGCGCCGGUCGGAUACAUCUGCGUGAAACGCCAGAUCAAGUCCGGAACCCACCUCGUGGCCAUCUGGAUGUACAGGAGAGUUGUGAACGCUCCCUGUGCUGUCGUCGCCGGCACUGGUGCUUCCCCCUAUUGGCCUCUGCAGCGGGACCAUCCUCGUCUACCCAGCCGGCCCAACGCCAACGUCGACAUUCGCGCCUGAUUUCAUGUGCUCUGCAUCCAGUUCUUCACACGAGAUAUCAUGUUUCCCAGCACCCGGAACUGAGUCGAGUCUCCUCCGCUGCCGCCGUGUGCUAUCAAGACGUCGAUCCACGUGGAGUCGUGCCAUCCCAUGUUUCUGACGCACACGUCUCAGCGAGCGAACGACCGGUCGCUCGAGUUUGUGAUGGAUGCCGGCGAGCUGACGAGAGGACAAAAGGCUGGAGACGGCGUCUCUCGGAAAUCGGGUGCGAGAUUUGUGGAUGUGAUCGUGGUAGCGCGCGCAUGAAGAUACGGCCCAGCCAUUAGAAUGCAUUCGUCUCGACACCUCCAGCCUCGUUCUCUUCCUCGGUCGACUGAAUGGGACAUUUCUGUCUCGACUGCUGUGUCACCUGCUACAGAGGACACGCCCCUGCACCAGUCCUUUGAGUGGCUCGGGUGCGCCAGUCCCCUUAAUCCUCCAGACACCCCCAGAGGUUACUUUUCUGGCAGCAGCAGGGAGCCACCCCGGCUUCCUGAGCACAUCCAUGCGAGGGCCCGCUCCAGUGCGGCGCGCUCUGGUUACCUCGUAUGCACAAGACGUGCACUGUCCGCGUCUUGUCGCGGCGGACUCAACAUCUCAUUCUGUGAACAGGAGUCGACUCCACCAGCAUGGAUCCAUCCGCAUGCACUGG